AUGGCCGUGAAAACGGAUAUGAGCAAAACUUACGAUAGGACUGAAUGGAACUUUGUGAAGGAAGUGUUAACACUGCUCGGAUUUGAUCUAGAUUGGAUAUCUUGGAUAAUGACAUGUAUCGAAUCAGUGUCUUACUCCUUUUUGAUAAACGGUUCACCACAAGGAUUGGUUCGACCAUCGCGUGGGCUCCGACAGGGGGAUCCUCUGUCGCCACACAUCUUCAUCCUACGCACUGAAGUUCUCUCUGCACUAUGCUCGAAAGGCCAAGCGGAUGGAUCUCUUCCCGGGGUCAGGAUAUCUCGACAUAGUCCUCCCAUAAACCAUCUCCUCUUCGCUGACGAUACCAUGUUCUUUUGCAAGUCCAAGCCGUCGUGUGUCGCAGCGUUAAUGAAGAUAUUGGCCACUUAUGAAGCAGUUUCGGGACAGAGGAUAAAUCCACAAAAAUCUGCUAUAACCUUCUCAGCUAAGACGCAAGCCUGUGUUCGAGCUCCGGUUACGAACAGCAUGUCGAUCUCUAUAGAGGGAGGUAUAGGGAAAUACUUAGGGCUUCCUGAACAGUUUGGUCGUAGGAAACGAGACAUCUUUGCAUCGAUUCUGGACAGAAAAAGGCAAAAGGCUCAUAGUUGGACAACUAGAUUCCUUUCGGGCGCCGGAAAGCAAAUCCCAAUCUCUCUUUGUAAGCAAAUCCAGUCGAUCUUGACACGAUUUUGGUGGGACGCUAACCCGGAGAAGAAAAAGAUGUGUUGGGUAGCUUGGGAAACAUUGACGUUGCCAAAAUAUGCUGGUGGUCUUGGUUUUAGAGACUUGGAAACCUUUAAUGAUGCGUUGCUUGCUAAGAUUGGCUGUAUCUUGGCUGGAAGAGAGAUUCUUAGGAAAGGGCUCAGCUGGGUAGUGGGUGAUGACGAAAGCAUCCGGUUAUGGGAUGAUCCCUGGCUCUCUUUCACUUCUCCAAAACAACCAGUUGGUCUCGCUACAAUGGAACACGCCCCUCUGAAAGUCAGUGACCUUUUGUGUCCACUUACAAAGAAAUGGCAAGUGGAGAAGAUCAGAAGGAUCCUACCUCAGUAUGAGGAUGAUAUUUUGAGAAUAAAAACUAGUUCUACUCUUGCGCGAGACAAGCUACUCUGGCUCCCGGAGAAGUUAGGUUUAUAUUCCACCAAAACUGGUUAUGGUCUUGCGAUCAUUGCUGAUAAACCGGUUACGGAGGCAAACAAUCCAGUGAACUGGUUAAAACAUGUAUGGAACGUCAAAACAGCCCCCAAGAUCAAGGAUUUCCUUUGGAGAGUCAUGAAACAUGCCAUCCCUGUUAGCUCCAAUUUGGAAAGGAGAGGAGUUCUGAGGUUUAACUGUAAAACGUGUGGGGAGCAUGAGGAUGAUCUCCAUGUCUUUCUUAAGUGUCCACUAGCGGAAGAUGUAUGGUGCAACAUGCCGAUUACUGUAAGACCACUUUGCUCUGUCUCUUCGGUUGCAGAAAUGUUUAAACAAGGAGAUACCUUCCUUCCUCUACCAUCAGUGGGUCUUAAUGCACCCUUGUGGCCUUGGGUGGUCUGGAAUUUAUGGAAAGCUAGAAACAAGUUUGCGUUUGAAAACAUAGCCUUCACAGUACAAGAAAUCAUCCUCAAGAGCAUUAAAGAUGCAAGAGAAUGGAGCAACGCUCAAGUCGGAAACAGAGCAACCGUUGCUUCUAACGCUUCUUCUCCAUUACCCCACCGCCGUGAUAUUUGCCCGCCCCCAACGUUCCAACCUGGAAUCCUAGUGUGUAAGGUCGAUGCGUCCUGGGAUUCUAACUCCGGCAGAUGUGGUAUAGGUGGAAUAUUUUCCGGUGAUAAUACCGUGAUGCUUCCCAUCUUUUCAGAAGCACAUAACCAUGUGUCAUCAGCUUUAAUGGCAUAA